GCCCAUCCUGGAGGCUCGGUGGAUCCCCAGCGCCGCGCAGCUGGGAGAGCCGGGCGAGGAGUGGACUCCCGGCGCCAGUCCGUGCGGCCCCGGGCAGAGAGACGCGGUUGGUGGCGGCUGCGGGGACCCGCCGGGCCGUGGGCGCUUGGGAUUUCUCCUCCCGCGGCUGCGGGAGAACCGCGGCGCUGCAGCUCCGGGCAGGCGCGGCGGUGGCACUGGCGGUGGCAGCUGCGGCGGCAGCGGCACGGGGACCCGCCGGGCGGCGCCUGGGUCCGGACGCGAGGAGCAGCCGGAGCCUCCGCCAAGCCGCUUGCAGGUGUGAACGAGUCCAGGGGAGGUCACCGUGUCGCUGCUGGAGGAACAGCUCGUUUCCAGGUCCUUCGCGUGGCCCCGCCGCGAAGUGAACCAAGCGGGAACUGGUGGGACGCUUCCUUCCUUCCCUCGCCAAGCACUCCAGGCCCAGCGAUUGUUCCACUGUUGUUCUAAUUGUGUCCCGUCCUCUCCUUGCCAAGGCAAACAGCGUUCCUUCAGCUCGUCUGCCAGCCCGAACAUGAACACAGGCAAAGCUGAUGACAGCCCGCGUUCCCAAGGGACGUGGGGCCCCGUGGGGCCCGGCCCCCAGGAGCAGGUCCGCUCAUGAUGCUGGCGCCCGGGAGUGAGCACCAUGCCCAUCACCCAGGACAAUGCCGGGCUGCACCUGCCCCUGCUCUACCAGUGGCUUCAGAACAGCCUGCGGGAGGGCGGGGACGGGCCGGAGCAGCGCCUCUGCCAGGCGGCCAUCCAGAAGUUGCAGGAGUACAUCCAGCUGAACUUUGCUGUGGAUGAGAGCGUGGUCCCGCCUGAGCAUAGCCCCCCAGGCAUGGAGAUCUGCACUGUGUACCUCACCAAGGAGCUGGGGGACACAGAGACUGUGGGCCUCAGUUUUGGGAACAUCCCUGUUUUCGGGGACUAUGGAGAAAAGCGCAGAGGGGGCAAGAAGAGGAAAACCCACCAGGGCCCUGUGCUGGAUGUGGGCUGCAUCUGGGUGACAGAGCUGAGGAAGAACAGCCCGGCAGGGAAGAGUGGGAAGGUCCGACUGCGGGAUGAGAUCCUCUCCCUGAACGGGCAGCUGAUGGUCGGAGUUGACGUCAGCGGGGCCAGUUACCUGGCUGAACAGUGCUGGAAUGGCGGCUUUAUCUACCUGAUCAUGCUGCGUCGCUUCAAGCACAAAGUCCAUUCUCCUUAUAACGGCAACAGUAGCAACAGCUCUGAACCAGGAGAGACGCCUACCUUGGAGCUGGGUGACCAAACUGUGAAAAAGGGAAAGAGAGCAAGAAAGUUUGGGGUCAUUGCCAGGCCUGCUACUCACAAAGUUGCUGAAGAGUCCAAGAGCAGCACUGGCUGUGAGUUGGACAAUGACUCCGUCUCCGAACUGGACAAUGGCCUAGACCCGGAACUUGGAAACGGUCAUGCUUUUGAGCUAGAAAAUGGCCCAGAUUCGCUCAAGGAGGUGGCUGGAUCCCAUCUAGACAGGUCGGAAUUGGACAGAGGGACAGAGCCUAGAAUUUCAAAGACAGAUGCUCCUCAGCCCACAAGCAAUGACAAACGGCACUUCUCAAAAUCUGGGAAGACGGACUUCCAGUCCAGCGACUGCCUGGCACGGGAGGAAGUUGGCCGGAUAUGGAAGAUGGAGCUGCUUAAAGAAUCGGAUGGGCUGGGAAUUCAGGUUAGUGGAGGCCGAGGAUCAAAGCGCUCACCUCACGCUAUCGUUGUCACUCAAGUGAAGGAAGGAGGUGCCGCUCACAGGGACGGCAGACUGUCCUUAGGAGAUGAGCUCCUGGUAAUCAAUGGUCACUUACUAGUCGGGCUCUCCCACGAGGAAGCUGUGGCCAUCCUUCGCUCUGCCACCGGAGUGGUUCAGCUGGUGGUGGCCAGCAAGGAAAGCUCUGCAGAGGACCUCCUCCGGUUAACAUCUAAGAGCUUGCCUGAUCUAACCAGCUCGGUAGAGGACGUGUCCUCUUGGACUGACAACGAAGACCAGGAGCCAGACGGGGAGGAGGACGAAGGAGCCGGCUUGUCUUCUGUCCAGGGAACAAUGCCUGGGACGGAGGAGCCCCAGGAUGCAUGUGGCCCCGAGGAAUCCAAGGGGAACUUGGAAAGUCCCAAGCAGGGCAGCAGUAAAAUGAAGCUCAAGAGUCGUCUUUCAGGGGGUGUACACCGUCUAGAGUCUGUUGAAGAAUACAAUGAGCUGAUGGUGCGGAACGGGGACCCCCGGGCCAGGAUGCUGGAGGUGUCCCGAGACGGCCGGAAGCACUCCCUUCCCCAGCUGCUGGACUCCACGAGCACAGCACAGGAAUACCACAUUGUGAAGAAGUCCACCCGCUCGCUAAGCGCUACUCAGGUGGAAUCUCCUUGGAGACUCAUUCGGCCAUCGGUCAUCUCUAUUAUUGGGCUGUACAAAGAAAAAGGCAAGGGCCUUGGCUUUAGCAUUGCUGGCGGUCGAGACUGCAUUCGAGGACAGAUGGGGAUUUUUGUCAAGACCAUUUUUCCAAAUGGGUCAGCUGCAGAGGAUGGAAGACUUAAAGAAGGGGAUGAAAUCCUAGAUGUAAAUGGAAUACCAAUCAAGGGCUUGACAUUUCAAGAAGCCAUUCAUACCUUUAAGCAAAUCCGGAGUGGAUUAUUUGUGUUAACGGUACGCACAAAGCUCGUGAGCCCGAGCCUCACGCCCUGCUCGACACCCACACACAUGAGCAGAUCUAGCUCCCCAAGCUUCAACGCCAGUGGGGCACCCUCGGCGGGAGGCGCUGAUGAGGGCGGUUCUUCGUCCCUGGGUCGAAAGGCCCCGGGGCCGAAGGACAGAAUUGUCAUGGAAGUAACCCUCAACAAAGAGCCCAGAGUUGGAUUAGGCAUUGGAGCCUGCUGCCUGGCCUUAGAAAACAGCCCUCCAGGCAUCUACAUUCACAGCCUUGCCCCAGGAUCCGUGGCCAAGAUGGAGAGUAAUCUGAGCCGUGGAGAUCAAAUCCUGGAAGUGAACUCAGUCAACGUUCGCCAUGCUGCUUUAAGCAAAGUCCACGCCAUCCUGAGCAAAUGCCCCCCAGGACCUGUUCGCCUGGUAAUCGGCCGGCACCCUAAUCCAAAGGUUUCUGAGCAGGAAAUGGAUGAAGUGAUUGCACGCAGCACUUAUCAGGAGAGCAAAGAGGCCAAUUCCUCUCCUGGCUCAGGUACCCCCUUGAAGAGUCCUUCUCUUGCAAAAAAGGACUCCCUGACCUCUGACUCUGAGCUCUCUCAGUACUUUGCGCAAGAUGUCCCAGGCCUGUUGUCAGACUUCGUGGUGGCCGGCUCUGAGGACGAGGAUCCCCCGGGAAGUGGCUGCAGCACCUCCGUGGACGGCAGCCCACUGCCCGGCACCUCCCCUCACAAGGAACCAGGAAAAGCCAGGGCCAACAGCCUUGUGUGUCUGGGAAGCCAGCGGACCUCUGGGCUCUUCCACAAGCAGGUGACAAUCGCCAGACAAGCCAGCCUCCCUGGGAGCCCACAGGUCCUCCGAAAUCCUCUCCUGCGCCAGAGGAGGGUGGGCUGCUUCGAGGAUGAUGCCAGCGAUGAGGAAGAGUUGGAUGGCGAGGGGGACUGUAUUUCCCUGCCAGGGACCCUCUCCGGUCCCAGCAGGCCUCUGACAGAGGACAACUCUACACAUGUCUUGACUGCCUCUUCCAAGGUUGUGGGUAUCAACCAAGAGGAACAGCUCCAGAAGCCAGUCAGCAAGGCCUCCUCAGUGCCUCUCCUUGGCAGCUCGCCAGACUUACAGGAGAGCAUCCCACGGGGCAUGGGGGACACCCUUUCCAACCUGCUGGCCCCUUCAGAGCCCCGCAAGGGCAGUCCUGGCUGCUCGGGAAGGAAGGAGCUGUCAGGAUCAAAGAGUUCACCCAAACUGGCGUACAGAGCCGGGGCAGGCACCCCGGGGCUGGCGAGCAUGGACAGCCCCAGUUCCCUCAAGCAGCAGCAAGACAACCUGGGGUCCAGGCACAAACCGGUGGCCAGGGUCAGCCCACAUCUCAAGAGGCUCGAGACCAAGGCCGGGCCCAGGAGCUCAGAAACAGCACACCUGACCGAGGGAGCCAGCGACCCAUGUGGUUCAGACCCGAAAGCCCAGGCCGCUUCCAUCAGGGUGAGCGUGACUGGUUAUCAGCCAGGCGGAAGCGCGGAGAAGGAAUCUCUGGGAAAGCUGCCCGUCGGGGAUGGAGGAGUCCCCACCGAUGGAGGGCCAGCUGGUGGCCUGCCCCACCCAGAUGCUGGCCACCCCACAGAGAACCUGCCUGAAGCUGUGCUAGGGCAGGAGCAACAGCCCAGGACAGGACUGGACAGCUUCCCCGGCUCUGUCCCUUCCCCAGUGCAGAAGGACGUGGCUCACCCUGACCCCAGCAAGACCUCAGUGGACACAGGGCAAGCAAGGAGACCUGAGGACCCCAGAGAGUCAGAGUCACCCAGGGUCCCUGCGUCUGAGGAUUGCACAUCCCCAGGGAUGACGGCGGCGGCUUGGCCUGAUCUCACCGAGACUAGAGCAGCCCCAGAGGCCAGCUCGCCUGACACCACCAGGAAGGCAGGUGCCCACGGGCGAGCAGGACCCAGAGCCGAGGGGGCAUCUCCAGCUAAUGCCCAGCUGUCACUGGACCUCCCAUCACAGGAGAAGAGACACGGCGCUCCAGGUCAACACAGCAAGGCUGUGCAAACCUUUAUCCCUGAAAACUGCCAGGAGUCAGCUCUCCUCCAGGGAACAGACCCUGGGUCUGCGGGGGUACUGCAGGCCAGCCCCUCCCUACCACUGCCCAGUGACAGGGCCCAGGACCAGGAUGGGUGCAUUGGUGUCUCGGGGCCUGGCUGCCCUGGGGAGCUCCGGGAGAGCCCUGUGACUGACAUAGACAGGCUCAUCAAGGAGCUGGAUGCUUCUGGAGCCAGGCUCCAGUCUCCUGGGAAAGGGGAGCGGCUGAGUCAAGAGGGCACUGCUCUCGGGCAGCAGGCAGCAGGUGCAGGAGGUGGAGGCCCCCAGCAGGCUGAACCAGCCUCAGGAACCCAGACCCCCACCCCCACUCCCAGGAGGGCCUGGGUCUCCAGCCAGGCCCCUCCCCCACAGUGGGCCUCCCAGCCUUCGGUUUUGGACUCCAUAAAUCCCGACAGACAUUUUACUGUGAACAAAAGCUUUCUGAGCAACUACUCUAGAAAUCUGAGCAAUUUCCACGAAGACAGUACGUCCCUGUCAGGCCUGGGCGACAGCACAGAGCCGUCUCUCUCCUCCAUGUACGGAGAUGCUGAGGACUCGUCUUCAGACCCCGACUCAUUCACCGAAGCCCCACGAGCUCCCACCAGGGAUGGCUGGUCCCCUCCUUGUCCUUGUCCUCUGGGGUCUCCUCACCAGGGAGACACGACGGAGUCUGAGGAGGAGCAGGUUGAAAUCUGUUCCCCCAGCGCGUCCCCCAUUCUGCCCUCAGCUACUGCACUUGCUCCUGCUCAGGCGGCCCCCUGCCCGGCUUCAGCCAGAGUCCUGCCAGUGAAACCCAGCACCCUGAGCCACACGGCAGGAGAUGCGUGUGAGGGAGCCUCCUUCGUGCCAGGAGCCUCAGGCCCAUCAGCCCCAGGUGCUCCCCAGCCGCUUCCUCUCUCGGAUGGCAGCUCCCAGCACCAGGACUCUCCUGCAGACAUAAGGACCUCACCCAACCACAGGCCCUCGUGUGAGGAGCAAACCGGGGAAGCCGCCAGUGCUCUCUCCGCAGGGGAAGAUGCCUGGCCUUCUCCAGUCACCAGGCCUGUCCCCGACCCCCAGGCCACCCCCAGCUCUCCCAACAUGCUGAAUGGUUUGGAACGUGACCAGCUAGAUGACAAGACCCCAUGUAAAGAGCAGAAAACGAAUGUUCACCCAAAUGAAAAUCGGUCCUCCUUCAGGGUGUGUGUCCCUGAGAAUGGAGAAUCGGUUCUGGCAAAGCUGCACAUCUCUGAAAGUCAAGACCUCGAUGACUUGCUGCAGAAGCCGAAAACGGUCUCCAGGCGGCCCAUCAUGGCUUGGUUUAAAGAAAUUAAUAAAAACAACCAAGGGACACAUUCGCAGAGCAAAACCGAAAAGGAGCAAUCCACGAUGCCAGCCAGAAGUCCGGACCCCAAAAGCCAGGUGCUGAGCUCAAGCCACAAAAAGGGGGUUGCUGUGUCUGACAGCCCUCCUCCGCUGAAGCUGAAUCUUGAGAAUAAAGACCCACCUAAAAAAAGUUCGGUGGAAACCCUUUUGAGUAACUGUCAGAAGCCCAAAUCAGGUCCUAAGCUGAAGAAACUGAGCAUCAAAAGCAAAAGCAAAGUCAGUUCUGAGGUCUCAGCUGCUAAUACAGGGAAGGCUGGGGGUGCGGAGCACAGGAAGGCCCUUGUUCCACCCCAGACCUCCCACAAGAUGCUUUCGAAGGGGAUGUCACACCGGUUCCAUGCAGCUGAGCAUGAGGAACCAGACAGAACUGCCGCAGCUGCCCCCCAGUCUCCCCAGUGUGUGCUGGAGAGCAAGCCGCCCCCGGGGGCCCCGGGCUCCCUGAAGCCCUCGGCGUCCGACACCAGCAUUAGGAUGUUCAUUUCACCCUUGACCUCCCCCAAGACUCUUCCUGAGCAAAGUGCAUGCAGUAGGCCCCACCCAGCUGUCCACUCAGAACCUGACCGAGGCUGCCCGGCCACCCUCCGGUCUCCGAAGUGUGGACUGGAGAGUAAGGCUCCCCCUGCAGCCCUGGGGCCGGCGAGUCCCGCGGCACCAAGGAGCAGCGCGUCCAUGGGGGCCAGCAAGCUGGAGGUCCCCUCUCCUGGGCAGGGCGAGUGGCCCCUCUCCAGCCAAAUGGAUUCCGCAGCAAAAGCUGCCCAGUCUGAGGUGAGUGGCGACAAAAGAAGCAGAAUAAUUGCAGGUGAGCCCCUAGAAAGAACCAAUCAGCUGAAAAUCAUUGAGUUCUCUUCUGAAAGAAUGCCAAAGAAUGCAUGCGGUGACAAGCCAACUGAAAGAGGGUUCUUGGCCCAGAGCAACUGUCAGGAGAAGAGUGAAAUCAGCCUCUGUCACCAGUCAGUGGAAUCGUCCGCAAACCAUCCAUCCACACCCGCGUCCUGUGCCUUGCAGGUGGAGCAGGAGACGCAGCGAUCUUUCACUGUGGCGAAACUGACCUCCUCCUCCUCCUCCCCACAGCUGCCAACCAGAAGGGCAGAUUCCUGCCAGGGCAAGUCAUGCCAGAUGUCAGACUACCUGGGGAUGCCCAGGAAUGGUGCGCGAGUGGGCCCGGCGCCCGAUGACCAUCCCUACUUCACACCACGGCCAGCGACCAGGACCUACUCCAUGCCGGCCCAGUUCUCCAGCCAUUUUGGCCGGGAGGGCCAUGUCCUGCACAGCCCAGGGCGGUCCCCACGGGACAGCCAGAUCCCCGUGACCAGCGGGGGCCUCCUCGAGGCCAAGGCGUCCAGAAGCGGUAUUCUCGGCCUGGUUAAUGGACAGGGCAUAUACAGUGUAAAGCCCCUGCUGGAGACGUCGAGGAACCUUCCAACAACAGAUGAGGGGGAUGCCCUUUCAGUGCAGGAAACGAGCUGCCUGCUCACAGACAAAAUCAAAGUCACCAGACGACAUUACUACUCCGAACAGAACUGGCCCCCCGAAUCUACCUCAUUUUUCUCUGUGAAGCAGAGGAUCAAAUCUUUUGAGAACUUGGCCAAUUCUGACCGGCCCGCAGCCAAGUCUGGGGCCUCUCCUUUUUUGUCAGUCAGCUCCAAGCCUCCCGUUGGGAGACGGUCAUCUGGCAGCGUGGCUUCUGUGAGCCUCGGCCACUCCAGUGAUCCAACGGCGAGGUCACUGCGACGCAGCCUGAGUUCCUGUAGUGAAAGUCAAGGUGAAGCUAGCACCCUCAUCGCCCCAAUGACCAAGUCCCCCUCCAGCAUGAUGCUGACUGUCUUGCGGCAGAGCCUGGUGGAAGCUGGUAGCAAGAUUGCUGAUUUGGACCCAAAGAGAUCACCUGGUCCUUCAGGAAUCCCUGCCCCGACGGUGGCCCCGGCCUCUCCCGCCAAGAGGAACAAGUCCUCGGUGCGUCACACCCAGGCCUCGCUUCUGUCCCGCUCGAAGCUCCAGGAGCUGAGGGCCCUGAGCAUGCCUGACCUGGACAAGCUCUGUGGCGAGGACUUUUCGGCUGGGCCGACGGCUGUGGUCUUCAAGACCGAGCUGGAAAUUGUCCCCCGGAGGUCGCUUGGCUCCCCUGCUGGAGGCCUCCACGGGUCCGCUGCCCUCUCGUGCCCCGUGAAGGGGGUGGACAGGGUCUGUCCAGGGGGAAGCAGCCCUAAAGCCGCUGAGCCUGGGGCACCCAGUUCAUCCCAUGAUGUGGGUGAGACCACCCAGGAUCUGCCUUCUGGAAAAAGCUGGUCAGUUAAUUUGCAUCAACUUCUGGUCUCAGCGGAGGAUCAGCAAAGACUGCAGUCUGUCUUGUCAUCAGUGGGGUCAAAAUCUACUGUCCAAACUGUCAUUCAGGAAGCGAAAGCACAAUCAGAGACUAAAGAAGAUGUUUGCUUCACAGUCUUGAAUAAAAAAGAAGGCUCAGGUCUGGGAUUCAGUGUGGCAGGAGGGACAGACGUGGAGCCAAAAUCAGUCGUGGUCCACAGGGUGUUUUCUCAGGGGGCAGCUUCUCAGGAAGGGACCGUGCACCGAGGGGAUUUCCUUCUGUCAGUCAAUGGCACCUCAUUGGCUGGCUUAGCCCACGGGGAUGUCCUGAAGGUCCUGCACCAGGCCCAGCUGCACAAAGAUGUCCUCGUGGUCACCAAGAAAGGGAGCGGUCAGCUCCGGCCCUCCACCAGGCAGGAGCUCCCCCUGGCCAAUGGGAAGGGCUUGUUGUCCAGAAAGUCCAGCCUCCUGGAGCCUGGAGCAGGGAGGAGCACAGCUGCGCACGAUGCCGUGUGUGUGGACAUGCUGAAGACCUCGGCUGGACUGGGACUGAGUCUGGACGGAGGGAGAUCGUCUAUGUCUGGAGAUGGGCCCCUGUUCAUUAAGAGAGUGUAUAAAGGUGGUGCAGCUGAACAAGCUGGAACAAUAGAAGCUGGAGAUGAAAUUCUUGCCAUUAAUGGGAAAUCCCUGGUUGGGCUCUUGCACUUCGAUGCAUGGAAUAUUAUGAAGUCUGUCCCGGAGGGACCUGUGCAGUUAGUCAUCAGAAAGCACAGGAAUUCUUCCUGCAACAAGCACUAG